AUGGCCAAUGACUCAAAUUUUGUGCAAGCCGCCAUCCCUCGCUUUGAUGGUCACUAUGACCACUGGAGCAUGCUCAUGGAAAAUUUUUUACGGUCCAAAGAAUAUUGGUCAGUGGUUGAAUCUGGAAUUCAAGAACCACCAGCAGGUGCAACCGUGACAGAUGCUCAGCAAACAGACAUUGAAGCUAGAAAGCUCAAAGACUUGAAAGCGAAGAACUAUCUCUUCCAGGCUAUUGAUCGUCCCAUCUUGGAGACUAUUCUUUGCAAAGAUACAUCCAAGGAUAUUUGGGAUUCAAUGAAGAAAAAAUAUCAAGGCUCUUCUAGAGUGAAGCGCACACAGCUUCAAGCCUUGAGGAGGGAUUUUGAAGUUUUGCAGACGAAGGAUGCGGAAUCUGUUACAAGCUUUAUUGGAAGGACGAUGGAAAUUGCAAAUAAAAUGAGAUGCUAUGGAGAAGAGAUUAAAGAUGUUAACAUAGUAGAAAAAAUUCUGUGUUCUAUGACGCGAGAAUUUAACUAUGUUGUUUGCUCAAUUGAAGAGUCAAACGACAUAGAUGACCUCUCUCUUGAUGAAUUGCAGAGCUCCUUGUUAGUCCAUGAACAGAAGAUGAAUCGAAGCUGGACAGCAGAGGAACAAGCUUUAAAAGCUUCUACCAACACUCGCUCCAACAGCUCAAGAGGAAGAGGCAGAGGCCGAGGAAGAGGAAGGGGAGAUCGAGAUCAUGACAAAUCUAGAGCAGAGUGCUUUAGAUGUCACAAAUAUGGUCAUUAUGCUUCUGAAUGUGUCACUGAACUGCCAAAGUAUAAAGAAAGAGAGGAGAACUCAAAUUUUGCAGAAGAAACGAAUGAACCAGAAACUUUGUUGAUGGCUGCCCAUGAAGGAAAAAGAUUGAGUCGAAUAUUUGGUAUGUCGAUACAGGCUGCAGCAAUCACAUGA